AUGGCGAAUCUUGAUAAAAUAUUUCAACAAAUAGAAGAUUUACUAAUAAUAAGUGACGGAUCAACGAACUUGUCAACAUUAUUAAAAGAAAUUCUAAAAGAAACUAAUAGUGAUAAAAAUUCGAAUAUGCAAUUUAAUUGUCUCCUGACAUAUAUUCACAAAAUAAUCAAAGAAAUUGAUGAAUUAGCUAAUAUUAUUAAUAACACCGACAGUGUUUUAAUAAGUGUAAAGAAUCAGAAAAUAUUGAGAACAUGCUACCAAGUGAUAUGUUAUUUUGGAAUUUCGAACUGUUUAAUACCUGGACUUGGCUUAACCUUAUCAAGAAAUAGUUCAUCAGUUCAAUUUGUAUCGCAGAUAGAAUUAAAUGACGAUCAAAAGUAUAUUAUAUUGUGUGAUUGUACUGAUUUCUUCCAGCGUAGCUAUAAAAUCCCUGUAUUGAAAAAUAUUGUCAUAACUUUUCAUUUAUCAGACUAUUUAGCAGCUCUUAUACAACUUUCAUUUGCUCCAUUGAAGAAGCCAGGUGUGUUUAAGAAUUACACUAUGACAGAAGAAAAAUACACCAUCCUUAGCAAAGAGAGAUGCAAGUAUGUAGAAAUAUAUGAGGAUUUGGUGACUAAUUGCUUCCAACCAAUGUUAAUGAAAGAAUUAUUGGUAUUGCAAAAUGUUAGUAAAAUAGAAACCCCAACAUUUGUUAACCGAGUUGUAGCAAGAGAAAUGAGCAGACGUCUGAUAGCUUCUGGUGGACUUAUAAGCCUUAUUAGAUGUUUUUUGGAAUGUUAUAACAUUGAUACAGGAGUUGAGUGGAAAAAAAUUGACAUGAUUUGUAAAAUAAUUUGUACCAAGCAUGGAAAUUCAACAGAAAUGGAAUACAUAAGUAAUAUUUGCAACCAGUUAAAUCAAAUUUUCACUCUGAAUAAUAUCAAAUAUCUAUCUACUGCAGUGUCAUGUUUAUUCAGUUUAUCUAAUAAAUAUCCUAAUGCUGAACCAAUAUCUGAGCUUCAAAAAGCAGUAUGUUAUCCAUUUGCUUAUAAGACAAUAAUUACCAAACAUAGUUGUCCAGGAACUGUACUACUAACAUCACAAGAAGUAGAACAUAAAGUCAUAAUGUUAUAUGCAUGUAUGUUAACAAAGCUGGAUUUACCAUACAAACAAUUGUCUUCAAAUUUGAAAGUGCUCUUUGGUCUUACAAUAAAAUGUUCUAACAAUGACACAAAAGCUAAACUUAAUUAUAUAAUAUUUAAAAUCAUGGAAUCUUUAGAUAAAGACACUGUUUAUAAUAUAACAAAAGAUUUUUUACUUGAGGACACUAAAGCUGACCUACUUUAUGUUAGUGUAUAUGAAAAGGAAGCCAAUCUUAUGUUGAAAUGUACAAACAAUGAGACAGUCUCUGGAGAACAGAAAAUUACUUUAUUAAAGGAUAUAUUUAAAAAUACAACAAGUACACACUUAAAUGAAAGUUUGCUUGAAGGAUUUUUCCAAAUAUUUGUGGAUCUUAACAUCGCCAGACAAAAGAAAAGUGACCAUGCUCUGUUAACAUUGGAAGAUGAUCCAAAGUUAAUUAGUUCUAAUGACGAAAGAUAUGGUCACAUUCUUCUUUUGCUUACUGAAGUUUUAUCAAUGCCCAAAGCAGACAAAACUCUAAAACAAAAUCACAUGGUUAUCAUUGACUUCAUAGAGAAACUACUGAAAUUUGAUAACAGAGAUUCUAAAGACUGUAUCACCGUUGCAUUAGUUUUACUUAAUACGGUGUUAGUAAACUCAAAUAGAAAAGAGAGUAUACAAGCAAGACUUGCUCAUUUAAUACCAUUGAUAAAUAAGUUAUCCAGAACUAAUGGUGAAAACAAUAUUCUGUGUAAGGAAAUAUUAUCACAAAUUGAAACCAAUGAGGUGCAGCAAACAGCGACAGCUUAUAGCACAGCUUUAUCAAAUGUGUUCGAUGGGUUACUCCCAGUACAGGCAAACGGUCUUAUGGAGCUGACAAAACUUAUCGAAGUAGGUGAUCCGGAAACUUUAUCUAAGAGACAUUAUGUUUUUUGUCUCUUUCAGGAGCAACUUAAGCAUUCAGAUUCAUAUGUUUAUUUGUCAGCUAUUAACGGAAUUGCAGCUCUAGCCGCCCACUGCACAGAAGAUGUAUUACAGAUACUGUGUAAAGAAUUCAUUGAAGUAUCCACUAAAAACUCGGCAGCUAAAGAAAACAAUGUUGCCGAGUUAAGAAUGAAAAUUGGCGAUGUUGUUGUUAAAGUGACUCGUAGGCUAGGUGACUUAGCGGUAAUACAUAAAUCUCUUCUACUGAACACGUUUUUAUGUGGCUGUCGAGAUCACGACCCUUUAAUAAGAACUUCAGCAUUAUCCAACCUGGCAGAAAUAGUUCUAGUUUUACAUUACAGGGUUGGAACAAUCAUAUAUGAGAUACUCCACCAUAUUGAGAGUAUAAUCGAAACAGAUAAAGCAAUUGAAUGUCGACGAGCUGCAGUUAUGGUCUUAUCCAGUCUUAUAAAAGGCUUGGGUAGAGAAACUCUAAUAGAAUUAAAAGAUAGCAUUUUACCCGUAUAUAAAACAUUAAUAAAAUUGUACAAAAAUGAUAAUGAAGAUUCCAUAGUGAGACUUCAUGCCCAAGUUGCGCUGGAAGAAAUCAAUGAUAUUGUUAAGGAAUUUUUAAGUGUUGCCAUACCUACAGAUAUAGAAAUAGGCAAGCUAGAUCAAUCCAUAAGGGAAAUUAAAUUUAAAUAA